AUGGCAUACAAGUUAAUGCUUCUUGUUGUUUUGGGUGUUCUCGUUCAAACUUCCUGUGCAAGGAAGCUUCUGGGGGAUUCAUUUUUACCCAAUUUUGACUUAAACGGAGGGUUUGACCAAAUUCUAGGAGGUCUUGGUGGCGGCGGUGGAGGUGGCGGAGGUGGAGGAGGUGGAGGAGGGGGUAGUGAUGGUGGAUUUGGCAUCGGCUUUGGAUAUGGCGAGGGUCACGGAUCAGGAGCGAACGGCAGUGGUGGCGGUGGUGGAGGCGGCGGAGGUGGUGGUGGAGGUAGUAAUGGUGGGUCUGGUGUCGGCUUUGGAUAUGGCGAGGGUCAUGGGUCAGGUGCAAAUGGUGGUGGCGGCGGUGGAGGAGGUGGUGGAGGCGGCGGUGGUGAUAAAGAUGGUGGUAGUGGUUUUGGUUUCGGAGAAGGAUGGGGCCACGGUGGUAGUAGAUUUUGA